AAAUGUGUGUGACCAAGAAAAGACUCUGCCGUGCCCUAUCUGACGAGGCUGCCUUCUAAUUCCUCUAAGCUUUUCCCUUCUCUAGCUUUGGUCAUUUGUGAACGCUCUCCGCUCUGUUCUUUCCAAUGGCUGGAAUUGCUUUUGGAAGAUUUGAUGAUUCCUUCAGCUUAGGUUCUUUCAAGGCUUACCUUGCUGAGUUCAUCUCCACCUUGCUCUUCGUGUUCGCCGGUGUCGGCUCCGCCAUCGCUUAUGGUAAAUUGACAGCCGAUGCAGCCCUUGACCCAUCAGGGCUGGUGGCAAUAGCGGUUUGCCAUGGAUUCGCAUUGUUCGUGGCAGUGGCCGUGGGGGCCAACAUCUCAGGUGGGCACGUGAAUCCCGCUGUCACUUUCGGGUUGGCUCUUGGCGGCCAAAUCACCAUCCUCACUGGCAUCUUCUACUGGAUCGCUCAGCUUCUCGGCUCCAUUGUUGCCUGUUUCCUCCUCAAAGUCGUCACCGGUGGCUUGGCAGUUCCAAUCCACAGCGUUGCAUCGGGAGUAAGUGCGAUCGAAGGAGUCGUCAUGGAAAUCAUCAUCACUUUCGCCCUCGUCUACACUGUCUAUGCCACAGCUGCAGACCCCAAGAAGGGCUCCCUGGGAAUCAUCGCCCCCAUAGCGAUCGGGUUCAUUGUUGGUGCCAACAUUCUUGCUGCCGGACCCUUCUCUGGCGGGUCAAUGAACCCGGCACGUUCCUUUGGGCCAGCAGUCGUCAGUGGUGACUUCCAUGACAACUGGAUUUACUGGGUCGGGCCACUGAUUGGGGGCGGCCUAGCAGGUCUCAUCUACGGGAACGUGUACAUGCACCACGAGCACGCACCCUUGUCGGGUGAUUUCUAAGCUGUGAACCCGUCUUCCGGUUACGUUGUGAAGCUUUUGUUUCUGUAAUAAAAGGGGGGAACGGGCAGUUUUUGCUCUUCUUCCCUUUUGUUCUUUUCCAUUAUUGCUUUGCUGUAGUGCAUGGAGUGGGUGAGCUUAUGGACAUUCAGCUUUUCUUCACAUGGCAAUGCUUCCAUCAUGGGUACUCCUCUAUUUUGAAAUUGGUAAUGCUGUUUGAAUUAUGGUACCUUUACUUCUUUUGGACUCAUGUCAAUUAUUGAUGGAAGGGAAUACCUUUACGGGGCCCGGAUAUUCUUAUUUUUCGCUAA